CACGUUUCGUGGUGGCUGUGCAAUGGCGACGCACCACCUCCAUUUUUGUUUGCUUUUCCAUAAAUUCGCAAUAAAAUAAUAUCUCUUCCCCUUUCUCUUCCUCCCACAUAUAUAUUUCCUACCACCGAAAUCCCAUCGACCAAAAUUCACUCAGAAAAUUAUUUAAUAAAAAAUAUUAAUUAGGGAAUAUUCCCUCCCAUUGCGUUUCCCGGCCCAUCACGGCGGCGCUGUCUCAGCGAGGGUUCACCGCCGGAAAUUCGGAAGUUCCGGCAAGCAUUAAAACAUGGGAUCGCCGCCGCAAAAUCCCAACUGGGUCUUCGAUUAUGGUGUGAUUGACGACAUUCUUCCCUCUCUUGACCCGCCCGGUUUCUCUUGGCCGGAUCAUUCAUUUGCCGGUCCCACCGCCCCCAGCGUGGAAUUUGAUGACUCGUUUGGAAAUCCAGAUAGCAUGAAGGAAACUGGGUUGCGGAAACGGGCGAGGACUGGAUCAUGCAAUGUGUCUGGUUCUAAGGCAUGUAGAGAGAAAAUGCGGCGGGACAGACUGAAUGACAGGUUAGUGGAAUUGAGUUCUAUCCUUGAACCUGAAAGGCCACCCAAAACUGACAAGGUUGCAAUACUGGGUGAUGCUAUUCGAAUGGUAACUCAGUUACGCGGGGAAGCCCAACAACUAGAGGAGUCAAGAGCGAAUCUGCAGGAGACAGUAAAUGAAUUGAAGGCUGAGAAAAAUGAACUUCGUGAUGAGAAGCAGAGGCUCAAAGCAGAGAAAGAAAACAUUGAGCGGCAAAUGAAAGCGUUGGGUACUCAACCAAGCUUCUUGCCUCACCCUGCUGCAAUUCCAACUCCGUUUUCUGCCCCGGGCCAAGUUGUUGGCGGGAAAAUGAUGCCCUUCGUCGGAUACCCUGGAAUGUCCAUGUGGCAGUUCAUGCCACCGGCUGCAGUUGAUACCUCACAGGACCAUGUUCUCCGCCCUCCCGUUGCUUGAGUUGUCAGCUUUGAAUUAUGGCUUCUCGGUCUUGUAGAAUCCUUCAAAGUUGUUUCUCGUUAAUGAUUAUCGUGUUCUAGUUUUCGACUUUCAUUGACUGCUUUGGAUAAACAUUGUAGUUCUCAUCAAACAUUUACCUUGGUCAUUUGUAUAAUUUUCCAAAUUUUGACCUGUAAACUGAUCGGGAUCGACGAUUUCUGUGCUGUAAGAUGCAAACUUGGAGGCAUUCAUUACACCUUUA